AUGAAUCAUCUCUGUACCAGGCUAGGAAUCCGGUGUUGUUCCAACAUUCCAGUACAUCCAAAGCCUGGAGAACAUUCUGUGGGAAACACAAGCCCAGAUCUGCCACAACUGAAGCUGAAACGCAGACUUUAUUUCACCGUGAGCGGAGACUUGGGUGAGGAAGACCGGAGACAGAGGCAGCCACAAGAACCGAAUGUAUUGGUGUCUACGGGGUACAGAGUCAAGUCUUUUCUCCACAGGAUGGCUGGGUUACAGCCCACGCUGGAGACAUUGAAUUUUCAGAACCGUGCUCUCAGGUGUUUGCCGGUGGAUGAGAGUGAGGAGAAGACUCAGAGACAGGUGCCAGGUGCUUGCUUCUCGCGAGUCAACCCUACCCCUGUUGUGAACCCAGGUUUAGUGUGUGCCUCUCUACCAGCCUUGAGCCUCCUGGACAUCACAGAAGACCAGGUGAAGAGGCCGGAGUUUGUGGAGUAUUUCAGCGGCAACAAGAUUCUUCCUGGGUCCGAACCUGCUGCCCACUGCUACUGUGGUCAUCAGUUUGGCUAUUUCUCAGGGCAGCUUGGAGAUGGGGCUGCAAUGUACCUUGGGGAGAUUGUCAACAGGUCAGGGGAGAGAUGGGAGAUACAGUUGAAGGGAGCGGGACUGACUCCCUACUCGAGGACAGCUGAUGGGAGGAAGGUGUUGAGGAGUUCUGUCAGAGAGUUUCUCUGUAGUGAGGCCAUGUACCACCUCGGUAUCCCCACCACACGGGCCGGCACCUGCAUCACAUCUGACUCCAAGGUCAUCCGUGAUAUUUUCUAUGAUGGGCACCCAGUUCAGGAGAGGUGCACGAUAGUUCUGAGGAUUGCUCCAACAUUUCUCAGAUUUGGCUCUUUUGAAAUAUUCAAACCUACUGACCCAGAAACAGGCAGGGCUGGCCCCAGCGUGGGACGUACAGACAUCUUGACUGCCAUGUUGGACUACACAGUUGAGAAUUUCUACCCCCAGAUCUGGAUGGAGCACAAGAGCAACAAGGAUGUCAUGUAUGUUGAGUUUUACAAGGAGGUGGUGAGGAGAACCGCCAGACUUGUGGCGGAGUGGCAGUGUGUGGGCUGGUGUCACGGGGUACUCAACACAGACAACAUGAGCAUAGCUGGGGUCACCAUUGACUACGGCCCAUUUGGGUUCAUGGAUAAGUUUGAUCCAGACUUUAUCUGCAAUGGGUCAGAUGAUGGGGGUCGUUACACUUACCAGAAACAGCCAGAAAUGUGCAAGUGGAACUGCCUGAAACUGGCCGAGGCCAUCAAAGACGUGGUCCCUCUCUCCGUGACCCAACCACAGCUGGAUCUGUUUGAUGAGGAGUUUGGCAAACAUUACAAGAUGAAAAUGAGGCAGAAGUUUGGGCUGCAGAAGGAACUCGCUGACGAUGGAAGUCUUGUUGAGGGCUUCCUGAACACACUGCAAGAGACUGGUGCAGAUUUCACCAACUGUUUCCGACAACUCAGCAAGCUACCUCUUCCUAGCACUGACAACUUUACAGAGGAAAGGUUGAAAGUUCUCACUUAUCUGCAGUCUCAGAGCUCUUCUGUGGAAGAGUUAGUGAAGGCCAAUCAACCUCGCAUGGAUAGAAGGCAACUGGCAAUGUUUAUGAUGGUGGCACAGACAAACCCCAGCCUUCUGUCUGCUCUUGGUCGCAGCAGUCAGCUUUUGGAGAGAGAGAUUGAGAGGAUGGCAAAACUUCAGGAUCUUGAGACAGCAAACCACGAAGAGAUUGAUGGAAACAAUAGGAAGAAGUGGACUGCAUGGCUGCACAAGUAUGAGGACAGGUUGAAGAAGGAGGAAGAGGGAGUGCACAAUGUGGAGGAGCUUGCUGAGCAAAGAGUCAGAACUAUGAACUCAGUCAAUCCCAGGUUUAUACUGAGAAACUACAUUGCUCAAAAUGCAAUAGCUACAGCAGAAAGUGGAGAUUACAGUGAAGUGGAGCGAGUUCUCAAACUGUUACAGUCUCCAUACAGUGAAGGUUGUGAUCUGGAGGCAUUUGAGUCUCUGUCGUUUGUAAAUAGCUCGGCAGACACUCCAGCAUCAGACAAGCAAGCAGACACUGGAACAUCCUGCCACGUUGGUCGUUUGAACUAUGAGGGGAGACCACCCAGCUGGGCAGCAGACCUCCGAGUUACCUGA